CCACCAGCGGAACGGAGAAACGAACAUGCCGCGGGUGCGGUCAUGACACCAUGACACCAUGACCGGUGGCUAGAUUCCUCGUCCUCGGCGCGAUGGCCGUUAGGCGGGAGGACUGGCGGCGAGUUUCGUGCUGCUCGCCUGGUGGGGCAUUUUCGCCAGGAGGAGUGGAAGAGCAGCAGGUGGCAGACGGAAGAAGCCCUAAAGAUGAUGGAGGAGUCGGAGCAACUUUUCGAAAAGGCACGGAAGACGUCAAGAGUACUGCAAGCCGGUCAAGCGUCUAUCUUAUUGAGACCCUGUUCUUCAAAUUCUAUCUCCUGUUGAUCCAGUACUUCAUUGUGGGGAUGAUUUGCCGAUGCCAUAGGCCAUGCGCUCGUUACCUCUCCCACUCCAGAUGUCCGAUCCGCCAUUUACUUUUCAAACGUCGCGACAAGACUGAUACUAACCGUACCUAUGGAUCCUCUCGCAACCUUCUCCAUGUUCGUGUGGCGCCAUGGCAAGCGGCAUUCCUCCAUUCGGCACAGCCCCCUUCUCCAACACCUUAUUGGCCCAUGGCUGCAUCUCUGCAUCCGAAUCCUUCGACACGAGACACCCAACGCGGGGCACCGUAAACAAAAACACUCAGGACAUGAUCGAUUGGCAACGGUGCUCCGCCCAGGGCAUCGCCUCCUCAGCAGCCCGCCUGUCGUCGUUGCCUGGGGCGAUGCAGCGGAGGUUUA